AUGGAGGGCUCCGGCUUCCAGCCCCAUCCCGGACUUCAGCAAACUCUGAAGCAGUUCCACAUCAGCUCCAUGCGCUCCCUCGGCGGACCGGCGGCGUUCUCCGCCCGGUGGCACCAGGACUCGCUCUUCGCCAAGGAUGGCAAAUCCGCGGAGAUCAUGCUCUCCCUGCCGGCCCAGACGCCCCCGGUGAUGUCCGGCCCGCUCUUCAUCCCGUCCGACCGCUCCACCGAGAGGUGCGAGACGGUGCUGGAGCGGGAGCCCAUCUCCUGCUUCGUGGUCGGCGGGGAGAAGCGGCUGUGCCUGCCGCAGAUCCUCAACAGCGUCCUGAGAGACUUCUCCCUGCAGCAGAUCAACUCGGUGUGCGACGACCUGCACAUCUACUGCUCCCGGUGCACGGCGGACCAGCUGGAGAUCCUCAAAGUGGUGGGGAUCCUGCCCUUCUCCGCGCCGUCCUGCGGGCUCAUCACCCAGACGGACGCCGAGCGCCUGUGCAACGCGCUCAUCUACGGCGGGACGUACCCGCCUCACUGCAACAAGGAGCUGGGCUCCCUGGAGCUGGAGCGAACCGAGCGCAGCUUCAAGGUCUACCACGAGUGUUUCGGUCGGUGCAAGGGCCUGUUCGUCCCGGAGCUGUACACGGGUCCGGCCGCCGCCUGCAUCCAGUGCAUGGACUGCAGACUCAUGUUCCCUCCUCACAAGUUUGUGGUGCACAGCCACAAGCGGCUGGAGAACCGGACGGUGCACUGGGGCUUCGACUCGGCCAACUGGCGGGCUUACGUGCUCUUGGACCCGGACUACAGCGACAAGGAGGAGAAAAGUCACCUGGAGCAGCUGCUGAAAGAGCUGAAGGGGAAAUAUGAUCUGACGGGGAAGCUGUCCAGUAAAUCCUGCAGAUCCCCCAGCCCGAUCCUGGCCAAGAGGGCCAAAUUUGACAAAUUACAGUCUCCGCCAUCUGACAAAGACAGGAAGCCUGACUGGUUGCAGUCCAUGUCCAAGUCUGCACACAAGGAUCUGAAACAGGUCCAGCUGAAACAGAGGCCCUCUGCUUUCCGCCCCUGGUCUCCAAAAGCCGUGGAAAAGGAGAAACCGGUACCUCACAAGGAAGCUGAGAGACCCAACAAUAGGAAUCGUGAGACUCUGGUUUCCCCUCCGCUCCAUCCCAACGACAGCCACGUUUCAGGAUCCAAAAACAUUUCCAUAAAAGAGCCACAUAACAGCAAACCGACCCAUUCGAUGUGUUCUGGUCAGGCCGAGGACAUGGACAUGGACACGGACGGAGAGAUCGACGUGGACGACUGUGAUGACGGUCCGGUUCCAGCUUCCUCCCUGACCUCACCUCCAGCGGCGUACGGCGGCGUUUCUCAGAGCCUGUCUCCCCAGAGGCCUCCGCAGACCCAGGAUCUGGCUCCCUGGCAGUCGGGGCCGGUUGGCCCAGAGAUCGAGACCAUGAGGCAGAUGCUGUAUGCUGGGAUGGAGACCAGAGAGGCCAGGGAAAAGGUCCUGCAGGAGAUCGUCCGGAUGAGAGUGAAGCAGGAGGAGAAGCUGGCGGCUGCCCUGCAAGCCAAACGCAGCCUGCAGCAGGAGCUGGAGUUUGUGAGGGUGGCUAAGAAAGGCCGCCUGCGCGACGCCAUCGAAGCGAAGCGCAACCUGAGGAAGGAGAUUGAGCGCCUCCGUGUGGACUGGGAGAGGAAGAUGAGGGACGCAGAGGAAUCCUGUGGGCGAUUGAAGAGAGAGCUGGACAGAGAGAGACAAGUUCGAGUUUGUGACCAGGGCUGUGAGGCUGAACGUCUUCGAGUCAAGUACUCCACUCAGAUCGAGGAGCUGCACGUGCAGCUACAGCAGGCGGAGGCCGACCGAGAGCAGCUGAGGCAGGAACUUCAGCAGGAGAGAGAAGCUCGACAGAGCCUGGAGAGCGUGGUGAAAGACCUGCAGAACCAGCUGGCCCUGCAGGCCAGCAGCAGCCCUCCCAGAGAGAGCAAGGACGCACACAAAGACACAAAAAGCCAAGCCACACAGUCCAGCAGAGGAUCCUAAACACGCACAUGUAAAAUAAAAAAUGAAAAAAAAGAGAGAGAGAGAAAGAAAGAAAACUGGACGGAGAGACUCAAUUGAAAGGAGCUUCUGUUGGGAAAUUUAAAAAAUAAAUAAAAAGUCACUUUUGUAGAGGAAAUAAAUCUGUCAUAUAUGAUAUGUUAUAGUAUACAUCAAUAUUAUUAUGAGAAUAUGACAAAAAAAAUCACUACAUGAACUGGAAAGAAGCAUGAGCAUGUAACAGAGUGAAGCUAUGAGAGACUUGUUCGGCGAUAAACACACACCGGUUCAGCGAGCCGUCCUCCUGGCGCUGCCCCAGAGUUUUGGUUUCGGUAUAAGCUAUUCUGAGAAACACAGCAACACAACACUACUUGAAUAUGAAGGGAAGGAACCGGCUGCCACUGGUGGAACGGGAGCGGGCGACGAGCGUCUUCUGCCACUCCGAGGUGUCACUGCAGACCACUGGAAGCUUACCACUAGGCAUCUGCUCCACUUCCAGAAACACGUGGAGCAUUUUAAGGAAAACUUCUCGCUCAGUUCCACCAGCAAGAGAAAAAACAACCGUAUACGAACAUAUAUAGCAGCUUAUCUACCUUUUGUAUUUGAUAUAAACCUGAAGUAUUGGCGGUUCUUCGGUGGGCGGCCUUCGUGCUCAUCAUUGUUUAGCUCCUAGGUAUUUUAUGUAAGUACUAGUUUUUGUUGCUCGUUGUGGUUUUGUUUUGUUUUUCACUCCCAAGCCAUGCAGAGGAUGUUUUUUUUGGUUUUGUUUUGCCCACUUUAGUUUACAAAAGUAAAGAAAAAAAAUAACACUCCUUUAAAGAAAAAGUCCUAAACAGCUGUUAAUGUUAUAAAAUGGUACUUCUGACUUUUUAAGUAAUUUAUAACCUACAAUAAUUCGCUGCCUAUUGAGAGAAAGCGACCUUUUUUUUUUUUGGUUUCUUUUCUUUUUGGUCUCUGGUUUUAGGGCUCUUAAAUCAACAGUGGCUGUUUGUAUGAAAAACAUUUUUACAUAUAUACGAAAUAUGGAUAUCUAUUUUUUUACUUUGAGAAAAGUAAUUGCACUUUUUAAAGACAGAACCUAGCAUUGUACUCCCUGUUACAUUUUUAGAAUCAGAAAGUAACACGAGCUCUGAAAUUAAAUUCACUUUUCCCUCAGUAUACCGUCUGAUGUAAAUACAGUAUUGUAAAUAAGAUGUUUGUUGGUAUGGUAUGUUUGCUUGCCCCAGACUUAAGUUGAUUAUGCAUAUUAUUUUUCGUUCUUACUUGAAACCAAAAAGACAGAGAGACUCUAUUUGAAUUUGCAGAACUGCAAUUUGAUUGUUGCCGCAGUCACAGAGCAUCAAGCUGGGUAGAUUUAUCAAUUGAAACUAUUAGUAGUUGUGAGUUUCUCUCACCAAAAGAACUUUAAAACCUUUCACUUGAUGUUAUAGAUUAAUUAUUUGAUGAAUUAUAGAGUAUAUAGUUCACCUCUGACCAAAAACUCACAAAUAUAUGAUAUACUUCUCAGCACUUCCAGCUCCGUCACAGAUUAACUCAGACCUUCCGAUGGUUUUUGAACCUUUUUGGUGCUCUCAUGUGUAAUAGACAGGAAACACUUUCAUGUCUUAUCAUUACGAUACCCUCGCUCAGUAUUUGUUGGGUACAGUAUAAUAGCGGUAUCCGUGUUAAUUUGCUGAUGCUCCUGUACUUUUCUGGGGUCUGGAAGUGGGUUUUCACUGACCUCUUGUUUCAGUGUUUUCCUUUUCCUUUCAGAAAACUUGUAUAAUACCCAUUAAAAUUUAAACCAGUUCUACUCAG